GUGACGCAGGCGCGCUGGCUGUUCCUGCCGCCCGCCACUCGCCGCCCGGGUCUGACCGCCGCCAUCUUGUUCGCCGCGUGUGUUCCCGAGUCGGGGCUUUGUGUUGUGAGGGAGGAUAACAGUACACACACUUUACAAGGAUAAAGACUAUGAAUCAAGAAAAAUUAGCUAAAUUACAGGCUCAGGUCCGGAUAGGAGGAAAGGGCACAGCUCGCAGAAAGAAGAAGGUAGUACAUAGAACAGCUACAGCUGAUGACAAGAAAUUGCAAAGUUCCUUGAAGAAACUGGCAGUGAAUAAUAUUGCUGGAAUUGAAGAGGUGAACAUGAUCAAAGAUGAUGGGCAGGUCAUACACUUCAAUAACCCCAAAGUGCAGGCCUCGUUAUCUGCCAAUACCUUCGCUAUUACCGGCCACGCAGAGACUAAACAGAUCACAGAAAUGCUUCCAGGCAUUCUCAGUCAGCUUGGAGCAGACAGUCUAACAAGUCUUAGGAAGUUAGCUGAGCAGUUGCCACGGCAAGUUUUGGAUAAUAAAGCGCCCAAACCCGAAGACAUCGAUGAAGAAGAUGACGACGUCCCAGACCUUGUUGAAAAUUUUGAUGAGGCGUCAAAGAAUGAAGCCAACUAAAGCUGCUGGCAGACCAUAGGCUAGGAUAAAGACUGUACAAACAAGGAAAUUGAUUCCAACGUUUUACUGAUAUUAGAGAAUGAAAAAUCACAAGGUUAUGAAUACAGUGAACUAAGGCAUUUUGUAUUUUAACAAUGCUGAAUGUUCAGCAUUUUUUUCAAUUGGUUGAAAUCACUUGUUUGCAUUUUGCACUUAAAAGCAGAAUUUUUUUUGGUCUGAAAUUUGUGAGAUUGGAUUUAACGCAACUUAAAUAGACAGCGAAUGCAGUGGUGAGCAAAGCUGAAGAAGAAAAAAAAUCUUAUUUAAGGUUUCCCACAUAAAAUACAAAUAAAAUGGGCUGAUUAACUUGUG